AUGCAGUGCGCGACGUUUAAAGCCAAGACCGCGACCGAACGGAAAACCCUGGUGGAGGCGCACAAGCUCUGCUUCAACUGCCUCGGGAACCACUUCCUGGCGAAAUGCCAAUCGACGAAAACGUGCUUCACAUGUAAGGCACGACACCACACUAUGCUGCACGACGCGUACUCGCAAGCCGAUGGAGCAGCUUCGUUGUCUGCCACGCACUUCGCGUCUGACCGCAAGGCGAUCCUUCUCGCCACCGCUCGGGUCACCAUCAAAGACCACCUGGGGAGACCGCACGACGUUCGAGCGCUAAUUGACCAAGGGUCCGAGGUCUCUCUGGUCACGGAGGCUCUGGCCCAGCGGUUGCGUCUGCCGCGGGACCGCUCUUCGAUGAAGAUAGCCGGGAUCGGAGGAGCAACCGGAGCAACUCGUGGACGGCUGUCAAUGACGCUAUCCUCCCCAAUCACUGGAGCAGCAUUCCCGGUGCAGGCGUACAUUCUCCCGCGUCUCUCGGCGUACCAGGGGCCCGUCGUGCGAUCCGGCAUCACUUGGCCCCACAUACGCGGCCUCCCGCUAGCCGAUCCACAAUACCUUGACCGAGAUCCGAUCGAGAUAUUGCUCGGCGCGGACGCUUACUCCGCCAUCCUCCAGGAUGGGCUCCGCAAAGGACGUAAGGACGAGCCAAUAGCGCAAAGGACCUCACUCGGAUGGAUCUUGUCGAGCGGUCAUCGAGCCACGAAACAAGCCGGCCACACCGCCCAUCAAUGUACGGUCGAUCACGAGCUGAACGAUCUCGUGAAGCUCUUCUGGGAGCAGGAAAAGGAACCUGUCGCUCCCGUCGCGCUCACUCCUGAGGAGAAAAGAUGCGAAGACAUCUUCGCCCGCGAGCACUCACGCACUAACGCCGGGCGUUACAUGGUGAGGCUUCCCUUCGCCGGAACUGCACCCUCUCUGCCAGAAACCCGCCGGCCGAGCGUUUGCUCCACGCCAUGGAGCGCCGCUGCGAGAAGGACGCUCGAUUCGGCAACCUCUACCGCAGCUUCAUGA